UAAUAUUGCUCAAAUUUUUUCACAUACUUACAUUACGUGCCUAAUUGACCUUUGACGCAUUUAUAAUCGCGUGUAAUACCGCAAGCGUGCAGAUUAAAUAGACUUAAAUUAUAAGACAAAUAUGAUCGACUAUUUAUUACCCACUAUAACCUUUUUAAGAAGAUAUUUUUAAAAUUGUCUAAUUGAAAAAUAAAAAUUAUAGAAAUCUUAUACGCCCUGCAACCGAAUUAGAGAUUAAUCAACCACAAAAUACGCUGAUAAGAAAAAGCUGUUUCUAGAUUGUUAUUACUUUGAACAGUCUUCUAUAGUAUAUACACAAAUAAUGAUUAUGAUUAUCGGCUUGGGGUUUAAUGCAAAAGCUAUGCCAAAGCUCAGUGGGCGGUGAAAUUGCCUGUAGAACGGAUCGAACGGUGAAAAAAUGUGGAUCGCUCUGCUGGGGACCCCGUUUUUAUUGGCGGCCCUUUGGCUUCUACUAAAAGAACUAAAUAAAACCUACUUUAUUCUCUCGUUAGCCAAGCGAGUGCAAACUGUGGAUGGCAGUCCAUUGGAGAGCAAAGUGGCCGUGAUGCCAGGAAAAACGCGAUUUGGCAACAACUUGGAUAUCUUGAACUUUACGCCAUCAAGUGUUUUUAACUUCGUUCGAGAAUCCACCGCCAAAGCCAAAGGUCGGAAUUAUCUGUGGUACUUCCUAUACGCACCCAUGUAUAAUGUUGUUCGGGCCGAGGAGGCUGAGGAGAUAUUCCAGAGCACCAAGCUGAUAACGAAGAAUGUGGUCUACGAACUGAUUAGACCGUUUCUAGGAGACGGCCUUCUGAUAAGCACGGAUCAAAAAUGGCACUCCAGAAGGAAAGCUUUGACGCCGGCCUUUCAUUUCAAUGUCUUGCAGUCUUUCUUGGCUAUUUUUAAAGAAGAGUGCAACAAGUUACUAAAAGUACUGGACAAAAAUGAAGACGGAGAGCUGUGUCUUAACCAAGUUAUUCCACAGUUUACUCUAAAUAAUAUAUGCGAAACCGCUCUGGGAGUCAAACUGGAUGACAUGUCGGAGGGAAACGAGUACCGAAGGGCCAUCCAUGCCAUCGAAGAGGUUAUAAUACAACGCCUUUGCAAUCCGCUGAUGUAUUACAACUGGUACUUCUUCCUCUGCGGAGACUAUCGAAAACACGUGGAGAAACUGCGGAUAGUCCACGACUUCUCGAGUCGCAUAAUCGAAAGAAAGAGGCAGCAGUUCCAGCAGAAGCAACUCGGAGAAGUGGAUGAGUUUGGCAAGAAGCAGCGAUAUGCCAUGUUGGAUACCCUUUUGGCAGCCGAAGCUGAGGGUCAGAUCGAUCACGAGGGAAUCUGUGAUGAGGUCAACACUUUCAUGUUCGAGGGAUACGAUACCACAUCGACCUGUCUGAUCUUCACCCUGCUCAUGUUGGCCCUGCACGAGGACGUCCAAAGGAGAUGUUAUGAGGAGUUGGAACAGCUUCCCGAGGACAGCGAUGAUAUCAGUGUGUUCCAGUUCAACGAACUGGUCUACUUGGAAUGUGUGAUCAAGGAAUCUCUUAGGAUGUUCCCAUCGGUACCCUUCAUUGGUCGUACAUGCGUGGAGGAGAGUGUUGUGAAUGGCAUGGUGAUGCCCAAGGACACCCAGAUCAGCAUCCACAUCUACGACAUUAUGAGGGAUCCCCGGCAUUUCCCGAAUCCCAAUCAGUUCCAGCCAGAGCGUUUUCUGCCAGAGAACACCGUGAAUCGUCAUCCAUUCGCUUUUGUGCCCUUUAGUGCCGGUCAAAGAAAUUGCAUUGGACAGAAAUUUGCCAUCCUGGAGAUCAAAGUUCUACUCGCAGCGGUUAUCAGGAACUUUAAGUUACUGCCCGUCACUCAGUUGGAGGAUCUUACUUUUGAGAACAGAAUCGUACUGCGUACAAAGCAGAAUGUUAAAGUGAAAUUGUCCAAAAGGGUGAAAUAGUGAUAAAUAAUGUUAGGGAUAUUUUUGCCAAAGAUGUUAAUUUCUUUUAUGUAAAAAAACUAAACCAAAUAAAGUCCACUAAGUCCAA